AUGUCCGCCUACUCGCGUCUUGACUCCCAACUUCAACCAUCCACGCUCGCUGUCGCGCUCCAUCGCAUUCCCUCGCCCUCUCCCCACCCUCCUCCUGGUCCCCUCCUUCGCCCUCUCCUCCUGGUCCCCUCCUUCGCCCUCUCCUCCUGGUCCCCUCCUUCGCCCUCUCCUCCUGGCUCCCUCUCUCGCCCUAGCCCCGCCCUCCUCCUGGCUCCCUCCCUUCGCCCUCGCCCCGCCCUCCUCCUAGCUCCCUCUCUCGCCCUAGCCCCGCCCUCCUCCUGGCUCCCUCCCUUCGUCCUCGCCCCACCCUCUUGGUUCCCUCUCGUCAUGGUCCGGUAG